AUGCCCCUCCAGCUUGUCACCGCCGGCGAGGCCGACGCCCUGCGCAUCGCCGAGCUCGAGCGCGAUGCCUACGCCGACAGCCCCAUCAGCCCGGUCCUCUUCCCGGGCCCGCAUCCGGCCAACUCUCUCGAGCUCCGCGCCGCCCAGAUGGCCGAGUUCCUGCGUGCCAACCCGCACACCGUACAUUGGCUCAAGGUGGUCGACACGGACCUCGCGCACGACGCCGAGAGCCAGCAGCUCGUCGCCUUCGCGCAGUGGCACGUGUACCACCCGGACCCGGCGCCGCCCGUCGAGAGGCAGACCUUCGGCCCCGGGUCCGACCCGGAGGCGUGCCAUGACUUCUUCAGCCCCAUCUGGGACACGAGGGAGCGCGUCAUGGGCGGCAAGACGUACGUCUACCUCAAAUACCUGACAACGGACCCGAAGCAUCAGAGACGAGGCGCCGGCCGGAUGCUGAUGAAGUGGGGCAUUGAUGAAGCCGACAGGUUGGGACUCCCCGUGUGGCUCGAGGCAAGUCCCGAGGGCAAGAAGCUGUAUGAGAGUUGCGGACUGAAAGUGGUUGAGACACUGGAGAUGGACCUGAGCAAGUACGGUAUGACUGGGGUUCAUCGAACUUGCUCCAUGCGACGAGAUCCAUCAAAUUAG